GCCGCGCCUCAACGCGCAGAUCGUCAAAAGCCCCUCCAUGAGCGCCGACUCCCUGGCCGCCAUCAUGGCCACCUCUGGCACGGCCAUCGCGGCUGCCUACCAGCCGCCGCCGAGUUCGGCAUGCAGUGUGGGCAACACGCUGAACGAGCCGCCGCACAACUCCAUCGUGACGAGCGCCAACCUGGGCCGGCCCCUGCUCUGGCUGGACGAGGACUUCCCCGUCAGCUACAACACGCCCCCUCCCCCUCUGCCCCCCAAGCGCCAAAGGGCCCCUCGCGCCAUCCGCAAGACGGCGUACACGGCGGCCGCGGCGAGCGCGGCGAGCGCGGCGGACGCCAAGAAGCAGCGCCCCGCCGUCCCUGAUCUCAUGGCCAUAGAGAAGUUCCUGGACAGCCCCCUGGCGGUGAGCCGCUACAACCCCGUGUCGUUCCUGGAGGACUUCGUCUUCGACAAUGCGCCCUGCCACGACCUGCCGCACCCCAAGGAGCGCGUCGAACGCGUUGACCGCGUCGACCGCCACUGGCCGCCGCGGUCCGUGGACACGUCGCCGUCGUCCUCCGUGUCGGCCAUCAGCCCCAUCGGCUGCAGCUCGUUCUGGCCGCCGCCCAGCGCCGACCUCUCCAGCCCGGUGUGGUCGCCGCCGGCCGUCCAGGACCGCGCCAGCCCCACGUCGCUCGUCGACGUCUUCGAAAAGAUGCGCCCCUUCAGUUUUUGCUAAAUGCGUGUCGCCUGGUGAAGGUGCGGGUACCCGCCAGGUGCGCACUCACCGCCAGUACAACACAGAGUGUAUGUUUGUUAUUGUGUUUGGGAGCCGCUAGGCUGAGUCUUCAUUGGUUAUAUUUGAAUAUAUUUACUUUAUGUAUGCUUGUGAUAUUAGAAAUGAGUUGGAAUGGGAACUUUGUAACGUUUUCUGUUCUCUCUUCUUAAGACGGGGACUAAAUAGUAACGCCUACGUAAUAUUAAUCUUACUUCGUGUUACUUGUUAGAAACGGUAACUUUUAAACAAAAUCUGAAUUCUCUAUGUAAUCACUAUAAUACCGUCAUUUUAACCUUUUAAAAUCUAUAUAUUGUCUGACUGUUGUGUGUGGUUGUUGAAAGGAGGAUGGAUGAUUGAAGUGCACGUUCUAUUCCAACGCUUUAGUUAUUGUUUUCUGGCUUGUUGAUGUUGUGAGACCUUAUUACUGCUAAGUGGAGUUAUGAAUGAUCUAUGAAGUUACUUUUUACAUAGUGAAUAGUCUAUUUCAAAGCUUUAGUACAAACUGGAUGUAUCGCGCCAGGGUCGUUGAUGGUCUUGUCGCUGCGGCCCUCACUAAACACGCUGCAAAUCACAGUCACAGGCUCGACAAGACUUUCCGCUAGUAGAGUGGGAAAAGCCUGCCCAUGUUUCGACGCGCUUCGUUGAAGCAAUCGGAUUUAAAGGUACAAAUUUUACUAGGAGUGAAUUAUUAUAUUUGAAGUUGGAACCUUUCAUAGUGUUUACGGAAACUGGUUAUGCACACAUAUUAUUAUCACAUUCUUCCAUAAUCAAUCGGUAAAAUUUAAUGGAGUUAUUUGAUAGAUUUAUAGAGUAAUAUGAAACGUUAAUAUGUCUAUGAAUCAGAGAUGUCCUAUUUACAGUUUAACUGACACCGGACGUACAAAUUUUCCGUACUGUGAGUUUUCUCACUUGUACAAACCUCGCACAUUACCUUUUGUUGCUGUGAGUUGACCGUUUUCUAUCUGCCUCUUGUUAUACAGUUUUUCAGGUACCUGUCCCUUGUGCGUUUAAAGUGCAGUCCUUUCUGUUUGUUAAUUUAACUUGGGCCCAGUGUCGAUCUAAUCAAUGUUGUCAUUUUUCGCAGAAAGAUUUGUUUUAAAAUCUUUGGUUUGUUAUUGUGUGCACCGUUGCUUGAAUGUUACUUUUUAUUCUUACGUUGUAGUGCAUAGUAAGCAUUUCGUCGUUGAUAAAGAGAUAUAGUGUGAUAUGUUUAAUCGUAUUAUCUUAAGAGAUAAAUUGUCAAAGUGUGUGAUUGUGAAGGAUUUGAAAAUGAAAACUUAUUCUAUGUGAGUUUUAUGCUCAAUGAAACAGAGUUGCCUUGGAUAAUGAUUCAAAAUUGGGAUGGAAACAUUCGGGAGUUGUUUGUUAGUAGCUAGGUUCACUUGACGCCCUUUAAAUCUUAGAUUUGUUAAGAGUAGUACUACUAUAACCGCUUCAAUUCUGUGUUUGUUUGAAUUUAUUCUAACGCGUGUCUAUAUUACUUUUAUUUAAGAAAACGCUGUAAAAUUUGAUGCAAGUAGGGGUAGACUUUUGUGAAAAUUAUAAAAUGUAAUGUCUUGAAAUUUUAGCAAUUGGUCGUAAAGCGGCAAGCUGGUUUCAGGUCCAACGUUAGAUCUAUUUUUUGAUGAAGAGAUUUGAACGUAGAUUGAUGUUGAUUUGGUUUGGAUUCGUGCGUUAAGAAGCUUAUUGACAUCACCCCAUGAGAAUGGCGAACCUCUAUCUCAAGCCAGGAAUUCCAGGAUUUGUCCUCGCCCUCAGUUUGGACAAAAUCUAAAAACCCCAAUCCCCGCAAUUGUAGAUAUAUGUAUGCACGCAUUCCACAUUUCUGUUUCAUUUAAUUCAGACGUCAUUUAAUGAGUCUGCAGGAGUGAAAGACUGAAUGAUUUGGUAUUAGUACCCCGUAUUGUAUACAGAGAUGUGUCAAACACUCGUGUCUUGCACUCCUGGUAGAACGCGGGAGUAUCGAUGUUGUUUAAUUAGCGAGCACUACUGGAGUGCCAAACUUAAAUUAGGUACACUAUCGAGUACUCUCUCCUUUUGUCGACCUUAUCAUGUCCACAUCACAUACGUAUUACAGUUAUACCUCAAAACAAUUCGAGUUCACUCAGGAUGGUUCGAACUUUGUGCCAAACUUUUUCGAUUUGAUAAAUUUUCUUCUUGAAUCACUGAUGUAUUUUCUUCAGUGCACUUGAAUGACCUACAGGAUUUAAAUGACGCAUGAGUGGUGGAAAAAGUUCACGCCUUUUUAGUUAUUCAAGGCAAAGGGACUCGACGUCGUCGAGAAAAUAAAAUAAAGCGCGUCCUAAGCCUUGUAAACUGUAGGUGGAUAUCAAAAUUAUAUUCCUUGAUGGUCUGUUUUUUGCGAUCUCUUGAGUCAUGCCGCAGGGUGUUUAGUUGGCAUCGGUGAGAGUUAUGCCGUUAUGUCACUAGUCGGAAUACUGGGUCUGUACAGAUUUAUUGGAAGUUGAAUCAAAUUCAACACAGAGAUCGUUAUUUUCCUUUUAUUUAUUUUGACAAGGUCGGGGAAUUGGACAGCUGCGGGUUUUGCAAAUGCCUAUGCUUUGCACUGCCCGUAUAUGACCCAACAAUUUAAAUGGGUUAUAGUUAACGUGUUUCCCUUCGUAGCAACUCCAUAAUCGUAUUCAUAGAAGAUUUUAUCGUAUUUUUAUUAUAAGACUUGGUCAAAUUCUUAGCGUGAUACAUCACGACCUGAACGUUUAUCUUUUGUAAAUGGUUUCUACCUUCUUAACCUUGCCGUCUUGCUCACUCAGUUCAAAGGUAGACUUCUAUAUUCCCUUCACAUUACCUGAUCAUAGGCAUUGUCUACAGUGACAAUAGGCGUAUAUUUGUUACACAUCUUCUACCUCUGGUACGUUUAAGUAAAUCUUAUUGUGAUAUUGACAGCUUGUCUGCCUCUUAUCUUGCGGAUGGUGUUCUCCGAUCACAGUUAAGGCUCAGCUAUCGGGAGGCGCCGGUAAGAGCCCAAAAGAAACCCAUCCAAUUUGCUUUUCUAGCGUAUCUUACUUCUGGUGCAGCACUUAACCAUUAUGAAACUUUCGUUAGAUCUCCUUGCGCAAGAAAAACAAAAUUUAUUCUUCUAACAUCAUUCCUCUGAUAUUUAUCUACAUGUGUUCACGAUCUCAACCUAUUUAAGUGUUUUAGCUGAGUCUUAUUGCCUUCGCCUUCUCUGUCGCGCGCGGCUCAUUAUUAUGUACUUACACAUUCAUGCCGCCAUGCCAUGAACUGAGAAGGGAAGCUGACUUGACUCGCUCGCGAAGAUGAAGCUGUUGCCUUUCGAAGGCCGCAGACCCUUGCACCAGUUCACCCGUUCUGCGCCUCGCAGCCGUGCGAGUGGGGUAGACCCCCACCACCCACCUGCUGGCGCUGCAAGAGGGCCUGCCUCUGCUCUGUGAUGCCAAAGUAGUGGAAUGGGGCAGCCUGCUUGCCGCGAACGGCGAACCUGUGCAGCGGUCUACUUUACACAGCCAAAUUAUGUCUGUUGGUCUAACAUCAUUGUAUGCAAUUCUUAAAGACAAUUUAUGUUUAUGUACUUCAUUGUAUACCCGAAUUAUUUUAGUAUUACCAAGUCGGUUUUUUGUUAGCAUUAAUGUGCUGCGUGUUAGCGUUCUUAAAUUAUAAAUUUUCCCUUCAGUGAAGCUUAGCGGAAACAACUUAAACACUUAAGAAUAUUUUGCGCUCGUAGUUUCUUUGAGUAAAUUGAUGUUUUAGAUGUUCGCUUUCUGAAUGUUAGUUUGACAUGAAGUAUAUGUGUGUGUCAUAUUCAAUGAAUAAUUUAGUAGUUUAGAGAUGUAGACAUUAACAUAUCCAUCAGAUCUGCUCUGUAGCCAUAUAAAAGACAAGUGUUCUUCUGACUCGAAGACCUAAAAUUAAAAGGGCCCUUAAAGGGGAGUGCUCCAUUAUGUUUGUGGCGGUGAUAGUAACAAUUAAGUUCAAUUAGAAAGGCACUCAACUGCGUUAAGAGGCCGUGCUAUAUAUUGAAAGCCACAACUACCAUUUUAAUGUCGCAUUCCUCCGGCCAUCAGUCAUUGGUUUUAAUCAAUUCUGCAUCCAGCAGUUACGGAUUUUAUUGUUUAAUUAAGAAUUUAACCACUGCAAUUAUUAUAUUUGAAUUAUUACCAUUAUUGCUAUUAUUCAUUUAUUAUUAUUAUGCAAUUGUGUGAAUAACGGAAUUUUGUUUUUCUGUUUGGGAGCUUUUAGCUCAUCGUGUACAAUUGUUGAGUUUGAGAUAGCGCAAGCUACUCACCUUAGUUAAUUUGUUUUGCGUCUGACGGCGAAAAUGUUUUGCAUUUAUGUCUCCUCAUUGUGUACAUUUGUUUGUCUUAUCACAAAUGAUGGCUUAAGUUUUUUUUUAUUUUGUAUGUUUGUUGAUCGAACGAUUGAUGAAUAAACACUUGUCCGGCAUAGCCGUGAUAAUAGCUACAAUAA